GUGAGUGACUGCAUCUGCCUCAUGUCCAUGGGUCAUCUUGGGGCUAUCCCAGUGGACACACAUGUAUUCCAAAUUGCUGCUCGUGAUUACCUCCCACACCUACGUUCUUGCAAGACAGUCACUGACAAGGUCUACAAGGAAAUUGCCAAUCACUUCCGCCAGAUCUUUGGCGAAUAUGCCGGUUGGGCGCACUCAGUUCUCUUCAGUGCUGACCUCAAGAAAUUUGACAGUCUUAAGAAGGAUGAAAGUGAAGAGCAAAAUCAGAAGAAGAAGAAAAAGAAAUAAUGGGAAAUAGAGAGAUGAAGAUCCAUGGGAAAGAAUUAUCAGCUAGGGGAGUUUUUCAUGUUGGUUGGUCUAUAAAUGUACAAAGUACAGUAUACAUCAGUGCAGAUGUUUUAAGAGAGAUAUUUUUAGUUAGUCUCUUGUGUGAGUGAAGGAUGGUCUGUCCUUGUGCUGGCUUGCUGAAAUUCACUUAUUUUAUAUAGAGGGUGAUAAAGUGUGUUAAGAGAAUUUUGCAAAUACUCAGGUGAGAAAGAUAGAAAGACAAUAACUAUUUUAUGGAAAACUAUAUUUAAUGCUAUUUAAUGUUUUUAUAAUUUAUUUAGGGAAGUUCAUGUAACUGAGAUGAAUCAGCUUUAGUUAAUAUGAAAAGAUCAGCACCAUGUGUGAUAUCCUAAUUCCAUAUAGAAUCUUUGAAUUUAUUUCUAUGUAAUUUAUGUAAUUUUUUUAUAUGUACUUGACAUGCAUCUACUGUACCUAGUAGUCUCAAUAACAAUAACAGACAUUUCCAGGGUAAAGGAUCUUGCACUUUGCACUCCAUCCUGGCCUGCAUCUCUAGUAUGUUUUCAUUGUGUCAGUCACACAUUGAAAGGAAGAGCCAGCAGCUGUGAGGAAUCAUUCUCAUUAUAUAAUGCACUGUUCAUCACAUCAGAGGGAGACACAUCAUGUUCAUUAUGCUGAAAGAACAGUUUUUGUUUGCUUGAUACAAAGAGAAUGGUGUGGGUAAUUGGCUUGAGAUCUAUUCUUACCCAUAUUUGUUCUGCUUUUAUGUGCUGUAUUCCUUAAAAGUAUAAAUGAAGGCAGAAAUUUAGGUGAAGUUCCAUUUACAUCAGAAUUAGAUAAUUCAGGGUAAUGAAAUAUUCAUCUUGUAUUGUGAUGUAAUGCAUUCUCUUCCGUACCUUUUUUAAAAUACAUUCAGUCAUUUCUGAGGUUUUAUAUGUAGUUUGGCAUUCUGUGUUAUUCAAGACUUUGACACUUUCUAAAGAAGGAGCAAAUAAAAUGCAUUGAACUAUUUUACUGAAUCUUUCUCAGGUUUGAGUACAUGUAUUUUAAGGAU